AUGGCUCAACAGCCUACACUGGCACAAGUAAAAGGCACUCUUGCUAUUGAUGAACAGAACCCUGAUGGAAGAGAGAAGGCCCUUAGUCAUAGCUUAGCUGAAAAGACUUCUGAACCUCAAGAGAAAGAAGCAGUUGUUACUAAUGAGCAGACUGAAGACAACAGUGGAUCUGACACUGAACCAGUUUCUUUAGAAAAGAGUGAGCUUGAUUGUACUGUGCCAAAAAUUAAGCGCUCUGACAGUGUUAUUGUGAGUGAAGAGAUGCUUCAAAACUGUUCCGAGUCAUCAGAUUCCAGUAUGAACCAAAGCGAUGAUGACUAUAUUCCUAACUCAUCAGAAGAGAGUAGUCCAGACUGCAGUAGUGACAGCUUAUCAGCACACAUGAGUGACAAAAUAGAUAAAGAUGAGAAAUCCUCUGCAUCAUGUUCCACGUAUGAUAGACCUGUACCUGAUUCCAGUGUUUCAGACUCUGAAAGCAAAGAAUAUGAUUCAGUAUCUGUAAAGGCAGUUUCUGUAAAAACCGGUGGAGGAAGAGUAUAUGACAAAAAACAUUUUUGCCUUUUCUGUGAAAAAGUAGUGAUUGAAAAUGAAACAUCAGAAAGUGAGGAAGAAUUAAGUGAUCAUGAAGGUGAUGCAGAAAUGCAAGUUAAGCAGAUGACACGAGCACAGGGCCAAGUUCAGGAAACAAAAAUUACAGUGUUUGCCAAGGUCGUAAAUGAGUGA